CUGAGAAGACGUACAGCCGGCACUUUAUCGAGAAGAAUGCCUUCUGGUGUGGCGUCCAAGGAAAUGCGAAACGGGGACGAUGAAAAGGUUGUCGAAGAGAGUCCCCAGUUCUCCAUCUUCGCCAUGCGGUCCCUGUUCGUGGUGGUGUGGAUCGCCAUCGCGGCCAUCCUCGCAUACAAGAUGGAGAGAGAGUACAGUGCCCCGGUGUCGAUCCCGCGCUGUGGGUCGCUGCAGGGCGUCGACGAGGUAUUCGAAGAGCGGAGGCUGCACGUGUACUACGGCGUUCCAUUCAUGCGGCCCGCGCUGCUCCACAAUCGGUUCCAGAGGCUCCCGAUUCUGACGCGACCCUGGACGUUCCUGCUGAACGCCAAGAACCAGCGCAACUCUUGCCCGCAGCCAUCCCUGAUAGUCGGAAAAAUAACCGUGGACAACACGAACAGCACCGAGGACUGCCUUUACCUCAACAUAUAUCUGCCCGCGCGAAGGCUGUCAGAGAGGAGCAUUGCCAGGUAUCCCAUCAUCGUGUUCAUCUACGGAGGCGGCUACUACUCCGGCGGCAACUCGUUCCCUUUCUAUAGCGGCAAGUACCUGGCCGCGCAUGGGAAUGCCAUGGUCGUGGUGCCCAACUACCGCCUCGGAGUGUUCGGCUUCCUGCGGUCGUCCAUUAUUGGCUUGAAGGGAAAUCAAGGACUGCAUGACGUGUACGCGGCAUUGCUGUGGGUACGAAAAAAUGCUGCCGCAUUCGGCGGCGACGUACACCGCGUCACGGUCAUGGGCCACCAGGUCGGAGCAGCUAUGAUCGGCCUGCUUCACUUCUUUGAGGGAGCCUCGGAGCUCUUCGAUCGCGUCGUCAUGAUGAGCGGGUCGCCUUAUAUGCGCCACUGGAAGGAAGACGGCAAGGCCAGGUCACACGAGCAAGAUCAGCUCAUGCAAAAGCUUGGCUGUGGGGGGGAUCCGAAAACGCUAUUCGAUUGCCUGCGCAGCAAGACGGCCGAAUCUGUGCUCGACUUCGCCACCAAGCUGAAAAACUGGAAGACGAUGUUCAUGCCCAACGAGUACGAGGACAUCCGCGACGACGCUAGCGUCGACCUGAAAAGCACCGCCGUUUCCAGGGACCUCAUCAUCGGCACGACAUUGAACGAGGGCUCAUACUACGCCAGCCUGUUUCUCGAAAUGUUCUCUAAGGGCGACUCCUCCAAGCUCACCCGAGUCGAGGCUAUCAAUUAUCUCAAGAACGUCACUGCUGGUCUGGGCUUCCACGGAUACAAUGACUUGGUCAAUUACUACGAUCAGAAGUACAAGGACCACAGCGCGGAUAUCUUCUUCGCGAACGCCAUCGGCGACAUAGUAGUUAAUUGCCCCAUGAAGCAGUUCGCCCAUGACAUGACCAGCGUGAACACCAAGGUGUUCAUGUACGUCUUCAAGCACAAGCCUUCGUAUUCGAUUAGCCAUCUCGAAGGAGCGGCUCAUCUCGACGACGUCUUUAUUUCGCUUGGCCACGCUCUUGACGCCCCGGUUCUGAACGCGACAGAGGCAGAGAAAGAGCUUAGCAGAGAAAUGCUACGGAUGUGGGCCCGCUUCGCUGCGAAUGGGUGAGUCACACGCUUAUACGACCUCUGCACUCACCCUCUCCAUAAGUAUAUUCGGUUUGCCGUUCCGGACUGCCCUGGAAUCCACGAGGCACUGCAUUCAGCCAAUAAGCGUUGGCUUACUCAGCGUGUUGGG